GAUGACAACUUCCGCUGCACUGAAACCCGGAAAAAGGAGACAAAAGCCUACUUUCGGUUGCGUACAAUAUAUGUUAUUGAUUAACCAUGUUCACCAGUUCACAGUGCUUCAUCUAUAUAUUUGCAGUGCUGAUAAACAAAGUGUGUCUGCAGGACACAGAGGAAGGUUUUAUUGGUGGUUCUGUCAUCUUGCCAUGUUCUUCAACUGAACAUCCUCUCAAACAAGACAUUUAUGUUCAUUGGAGAGACCCAACUGGCAAGAUUGUGUUUGAUGUAAUCAAAGGCGAAGAAUCAUUAGAGAAACAGGACCAGCAAUACAAGAAAAGAGCGGUACCUUUCCCAAAAGAGUAUGAGAGAGGAAACUUCUCCAUCAAACUCAUCGAUCUUCAACUCACUGAUGCAGGAAAGUUCAGCUGUAUGAUCUCACACACAUCUGAAGAAAAGACUGUACUGCUGCGCAUCAAUGAAACAAAAUUAGAAAAUGGAAGCAAUUCAAAUGGAGGAGGCAAAAAAACAGCACCAGAUGCGGAGAUGUCAUCAACUGUGCUCUUGGUCUGCAUUACCGUAAUAGGUAUAUUAAUUGUGGUAGUACUCAUCUUCAUAUUUCUAAAGAGAAAAAAAUUUGCCCUUUCCUCUUAUAUGACUACUGAAGAGAGACUGAACAUUGACAUGAAUGAAAAACGCGUCUAAAAUGUUCUUUUCUGACACUCAUUUUCUUUCAAUUUUAACUGAAUUGUUACAGCUUUCUGAUGUAAAAGCUACAGUUUAUGCUGUUAUACUCAUGUGCCAUGUGCACUGCAUUAUUAUUCAACUUGAAGUGCUGAAAUAGGAAAACAUAAGUUAAAGAAUGAAUGUGUCUUCCAGUGUGAUACUGUCUUAACAACUGACCUAUUGGUAAGCCCCUCCCCUUGAACGCCAAAUGCAGCUGAGUAUAAAUUGCAUGGGAAGAAAACCUCGUACAUCUUUAGGGAUAUAGAGAAACAUUGGAGGAUCUGAAGCUCGCAUUGGUUUGAUGUAGGGCUGAGCAAUAUGGGCAAAAAAAAAAGAAAAAAACUCUGUAUUUAUUGACCAUUUCGCAGUAUACUUUAUAUAUCUCAGAAUUAUUAUUUUUGUAUUUGGAAAGUUUUAUUUAUUUGUAUUCUGCCCAAUGUUGUCCAACAAAACAGUACAUAUUAAAGGCUAUGAAAACAAAGUUAAUGUAACCAUGUAAGCCUAUAUUAUGUGUGCAAAAAGCGUUAAAAUCACAUUUCAUUCUAAAAACUAAAAUAAGGCCUUUAAAGCUAAGUUAAGUUAAAUUCAGUAAAUUAAAAUAAAUGAGAACAACAGCAGAGUUGUGUUGGGGUAAUCAAAAUAAAAAUCUAAAUAGCCUAUUACAGUCACUUUACACUCAGUGCUGUACUUUUAAGUUUAAAAUUCUAUGUCACAUUUGUUGUCCAACUACAAAUCUUUCAAUGAAAUGUAUAUUUUAGUCAGAAUUAGGCUAUAGAGUGGGGGAGCUAUGAUGUCAAUCUGUAGGCGGAUCAGCUGUUAGCAGGACACUGGUUUCCUCGACAAAAAGCCAAUAGGAUUUUUCCAUAGGCUUUUUGAUUAUCACACAAAUUUAGCUCUGUGUUGAACCAUAGUUCAUGAAACGUACACAUUUUGUCUAUCAAGAUAAUUUCCGCAAAAUAAUAUAACUUUGAUGAAUUUUGAAGCACAAAUAAAAGCACCAGAACUUAAAAGCGAAACUUUAUAAACAAGGAUAUAAACGAGCUACAGCACCAUGGUAGAUCGCCUUCGACGUCACCACCAGUUUCCCAUAACUGUUUCAAACUUAUUUUAACAUGUUCAGUGAAAAGGAUUUACUCUGUAUAUGUAUUUUAAUCGACGCUACAUGAACCUUUUCAUAUAAAUUGGAAUAAAUACAAAACUAGAGCCAAACUGAAAUAAGAUAUAAUGGAUAAUGCACAAAAUAAUGUGCAUCAAGUCAAUAAAUCCUUGAUUAAUAUGAAUAUUUUAAUUAAAGACAUCUCCAUGUACUAUUUAAUAAAAUUCUUAAUUUAAUCUAUUUGAUAAUAGCAGAGUGAGCGAGUUUUUGGAUAUGGUAAGAUUAAACUUAUUUUAGUUAACAAAUUACCACAUUUCAGGAGUGUUAGGGUGGGUACGCAAUAUUUCCUAGCUUUUGGUUCCCAGAACAUUCGUUUUUGGUUCCCAGAAUGUUAUUCUAACGUUCCCCUAACCUCUUUACUUCGAUAUGAUAACCCCGCGGCACGUCAGUAUUCAUCCAGCACACUCGUGACCCAGUAUUGUAAAAGUGGCAUGGAAAUUAUCUGUAUGGACGCUUAAUCAGUAAUAUAAAAAACACAUCUAUUGUUUAAGUAAUAAUCUGAGCACAUCAACCAUCAUAUGUAAGAUUAAAUAAGAUUGAAUCUGUCCUUUUAAUGUGUAAGAUUACACAUACCCAGAUUUUACAUUUAUUCAGAAACAAAUAAAAAUGACUUCAGCAGAAUGCAUGGUUCAUAAAAUAACAUAUAUAUUCACAAAAUAACCAUGCAACGUUCUGGGAAUGUUAUUUUAUGGUUGCAAAAAAAAUAAUAAUAAUAAUAACCAUUAGGGUACAUUCUGUAGAUGUUAUUUUUAGGUUAUUUUAAAAAUAACCACACUGCAAUGUUCUGGGAACAUUAUUUCAUGGUUGCAAAAAAAUAAAACCUAAAUAGAACGUUUCCCUAAUAUUAGUAUUUGGUUGGGGGAACCAAAAACUAACGUUAGGGGAACGUUCUAUGUUUGCUGGGUUAUCCUUGGUUAUAGGAAAUCUUCAUAUGCUUUUCAACAGCAGUGGCCGUAAACAUUUUAAAUUUAACGUGGCUUUAAGCACUAUGCAUCGUUGAAGUUUCGCUUUCACCAUGACUAAGCUGGUAAAUGUUGUAUUUACAUGGAAUAAUGGUAAUAGUUUACCUUAGGAACCCAGGGUCUCCAAAUCAGUUGGAAAUCGAUAAAAUUAGCAUCUUCCAUCCGAAGACUUGUGUUGCAUUUCGGGGGAAAACAAAAAAAUAUUGUCAACCAACGAUAUUAAAUGCGGGAAACUGUUAAUUGGGUUAUACAAUCGGUGCUUGUUCACUUUAAAUUUUUAAUUUAAUUUAAUUUCACUGAAGUGACAUUUGGCAGAGAAUCCCAGAAGGCUCAUGCUUUUCUGACAGAAAAAUGUAAAUAUGUCCAUGGCUUUAUAACAUUUACAGAUGGAGUAUAUACCUGUGAAAUGUAAGUUAUGUAUUAAUUCAGGAAAACAGCAAAUCUCAAACACAUAACACAGCGUAAGUAGUCAAGUGUCUGUCGGUGGCACACACAGCCUUUCUGUCAGAGCACAUGCGGAUAUAUGCGAAUAAAUGUCUUACCAGAUUUUAAAUGCCUUAAUAUGACGCUUGUCACAUGUUUAGAACAAAUUGGAUGAUGCACUUUCUUCGCUAUAUUUUCAGAUGCACUCAUAUCAAACUAAUGUAUAUUGAUAUAAACGGUAUUGCCUUAUAUCGAAGUGCUUAUAAAAAAAAAUAUUGAUGCAUCGUACAAACUCUAUAUAUCGCCCAGCCCUAGUUUGAUAGUGUUUAUGCUUCAAAAAUAGUACAAUUCUGUGUCUGGGGUACUUGUAAUAGUGAUUACAGGUAUCCUGUUAGGCAAUAUAAUUGAUU